CCAAAACACAGCAAAUACAGUAACAGCAACAAGAAGGGCACGUGAACUAUAUAAACAACUUUUUGAAUUGUAGCCAAAGCAAUAAUAACUUAACAACAUAAACAUAGAAACACAGAAAAGAGAGUAUUAUUGGUACUUCACAACUGAAGCUUGAGAAAGAAACAAAGACACAGAGAGAAAGAGAGAGAGCUUCUUCAAUGGAGACACAAGGUUGUGAGAUUGAAGCAAUAGGUAUCAACUACACAAUCUACACACAAAAAACACAACACCCUUUUAAGUUCUUUCACAAUCAACAAGCAGAAAAAGAUGUAGAAUUGCAGUCACAACAAUCCAAAGUUCAAGACAUGAGCAGCCCCCGAGUCCGGCAUGUCCUAAAAGGCGUGAACUUCCAAGCAAAACCGUGGGAAAUCCUUGCCAUCAUGGGCCCGAGUGGUGCCGGAAAGUCAUCUCUACUCGAGAUCCUCUCCGGCAAACUCACACCACAAAGCGCAUCCAUUUUUGUCAACCAAAAGCCAAUUGACAAAGCCCGGUUCAAGAAAAUUUCAGGCUAUGUCACCCAAAAGGACAUACUUUUCCCACUCCUCACAGUUGAAGAAACCUUAAUGUUCAGCGCAAAACUCCGGUUAAGGCUACCUCAGUCCCAGUUGAGCUCAAAAGUCAAGUCAUUGAUUCAAGAACUGGGACUAAGUCAUGUAGCUGCGGCACGAGUCGGCGAUGAUCGGGUACGAGGGAUCUCCGGUGGAGAAAGACGACGAGUUUCAAUUGGUGUUGAUGUUAUACAUGACCCUAAAGUGUUGAUUCUUGACGAGCCCACUUCUGGGCUUGACAGUACAUCAGCGCUACAGAUCAUUGACAUGCUCAAGAACAUGGCUGAAACUAGGGGUCGGACCAUAAUUCUCAGUAUACACCAACCCGGGUUCAGAAUUGUGAAGUUGUUCAACUCCAUUCUUUUGUUGGCUAAUGGCUCUGUUUUGCACCAUGGAACGGUUGAUCAGCUCAGCGUGCAGCUGAGGCUGAUGGGUUUGCAAAUUCCUCUUCAUCACAAUGUCGUUGAGUUUGCAAUUGAAUCCAUUGAAGCAAUCCAACAACAACAGCAAUCACUGCACCAAGAAAUACAACAACCACAGUUGCCAUCAACACUACCACAACAACACAAGGAAGAUGAUGAUGAAGGUGAGUGUAGAAGCAGUAAGUGUACUCUACAACAACUCUUUCAACAAUCUAAAGUGAUCAAUGAAGAAACCAUUGAUGUUGGAAUCGAUUUUCCUUGUGGUUUUGCAAAUUCUAGAUUGGGAGAAACCUUAAUUCUCACUCAUAGAUUCUCGAAAAACAUAUUUCGAACCAAAGAGCUCUUUGCAUGCCGAACAUUUCAAAUGUUGGUAGCUGGGUUCAUCUUGGGUUCGAUCUUCUACGAUCUAAAAGAUGAUCUAGCCGGAGCCGAGGAAAAGGUAGGCCUGUUUGCAUUCAUAUUGACAUUUUUGUUAACAAGUACAAUAGAAGCUCUACCAAUUUUCUUGCAAGAGAGGAAGAUACUAAUGAAGGAGACAUCUUGUGGAAGCUAUAGAAUCUCAUCAUAUGCCAUAGCCAACGGUCUUGUUUACUUGCCAUUUCUACUCAUAUUGGCCAUCUUGUUUACAGCACCACUAUAUUGGCUAGUUGGACUAAAUCAGAGUUUCAUGGCAUUCUUGUACUUCUUGUUGUUGAUUUGGCUAAUUCUCUAUACGGCGAAUUCAGUUGUGGUGUGUUUUAGUGCUCUGGUGCCUAAUUUCAUCAUCGGAAACUCGGUGAUCUCUGGUGUGAUGGGUUCGUUCUUUUUGUUCUCCGGCUACUUCAUAUCGAAGCAUGGGAUGCCAAGUUAUUGGAUUUUCAUGCAUUAUAUAUCACUGUUUAAGUACCCAUUUGAAGGGUUCUUGAUAAAUGAGUUUUCUGGUUCAGGGAAGUGCUUGGAGUACAUGUUUGGGAAAUGUGUGGUGAGUGGUGAACAAGUGCUUAGAGAGGAAGGGUAUGGAGAGGAAAGCAGAUGGUGGAAUGUUGUUAUCAUGGUGUGCUUCAUUGCAGUGUACAGGUUUAUUUCUUAUGUCAUUCUUAGGUGUAGAUGCUCGCAGAGGGGCCUUAAGGGUGCUUUUCUUUGACUAAACAUGUAGUAAUCUCUAAGGGUUAUGUAUUUUUUGCUGUACUUUUUUUUUUUUCUUCUCUUUCCCCAAUGCCAAUAAUAAUUUGGCAAGUAGAGAACUUGGUAAAUCAUAAUAUGAAAUCAUCUUUGUCUAUAGUCUACAA